AUGUUUUCUGAUUCUCUCAAUUUCAUUUGUUUUCUGAUUCUCUCCAACCUUAUUUAUUAUCCUCGAUUUAUUUUUCCCAAUUCUCUUUCCUCAUUCUCUCCAACCUUAUUUGUAUUUCAUUCCUUUUCUGAUUCUCUGUUUGUAUUUGUUCUUAUGUUUCUCUUCUCUGAGCUGUUGUAUCCUCAUUUCUUAUGUUUUCUUCUCCAUGUUUCUGACCAUUAUUUGUUCUCCUCAUUUCGUUUUUCUUUCUCUCAACCUUAUUUAUUAUCCUCAUUUCAUUUGAUUUCUGAUUCUCUCAACCUUAUUUAUUAUCCUCAUUUCUUAUGUUUUCUGAUUCUCUCAAGCGUAUUUGUAUCCUCAUUUCAUUUGCUUUCUGAUUCUCUCAACCUUAUUUAUUAUCCUCAUUUCGUUUGUUUUCUGAUUCUCUCAACAACCUCGAUUUUUAUUAUCCUCGAUUCUUAUUUUCUCUUUGUUUGCAUUCUCUGA